AUUCUUUAAUCCCUUUAUUUGGGGACUAAGUAGCUUAAUCCUUAGUCAAUCAUUGUGCUUCUUUGUGCAGGUUUUUGUUUUGCUGCUGGGAUCCGGAGAACGGGGGUCAUUGGAGGCAAGGAAGUGAGACCCCAUUCUCGGCCCUUUAUGGCCUCCAUCCAACAUGAGAACAGACACAUCUGCGGUGGGUUCUUGGUGAGACAGAGAUGGGUGAUGACAGCAGCUCAUUGUCAGAUUCCCAAGCAGUCCGCACAGUUUCGUGUCAUCCUCGGCGCCCAUUCGCUCAAGACUCAGGAGGCCUCUCAGCAAAUCUUUGGAAUCCAGAACUCCAUUGCUCACCCGCUGUUCAGUGCUGUGACAGUGAAAAAUGACAUCCGCUUACUCAAAUUGAACAGAUCCGCCAUUUUCAACAAGAAUGUCCGGAAGAUCAAAUUACCUCAUGCCAACACCGAUCUUUGCCCUGGACUCACGUGCCGUAUUAUUGGCUGGGGAGACAUCUCAAAUUAUGCGACCAUCCCCACCGAACUCAUGGAGGCCAACAUAACCAUCGUGGACAGGAAGGCUUGCAACGCAUCGUGGCAAGGACACGUCACCAAGAGCAUGGUCUGCGCAGCCAGCACCAGUGCCCUCCUGCGUGGUUUCUGCUCGGGUGACUCAGGCGGCCCCUUAGUGUGCGGGAAAAAGGUUCAUGGCAUCGUCUCCUUCAACGGAAAGAGAUGUGGCGAUCGGUUUUUUCCGGAUGUCUUCACCCGCAUUGCCAACUACAUCCCCUGGAUCCGUUUUGUGCUGCAGACCUUUUGAUUGGUGGUCAUGGAAGGCUGCGGGGGGGGGGGUGUUCUCUAAAAAAGCUGACCUGUUUGGUGGGAGAGGAGAAACAGUUUUUACUCAGUUUUAUCCAGGUCUACAACUCCCAAAAUUUCCAAGCCAUACACAGUCAUAUUGAUGGGACUUUCUGGAUGAUGUACCGUAUUUUCCCCGAAAAUAAGACCCUGUCUUAUAUAUAUUUUUUAACC